GCCAGUAGUGGCAUGAGCUCACCGCCUCAUAUCAGAAUGUAAACAGACCUGUUUUGAUCUGUCAGAAAGUCAGGAAAAGGGACUGGGUGUCAUCAUAUGCUUAAUAAGAAACGGUUGGUCUUUUUACGGACACUAAGAUGUUUUAAUGCUGUCUUUUCUCCGCUUUUUAAGUGUCCAGCUUGCUGUUAUAGUGCGUUAUGUGAGCUUUUAGGCUAACCAUCUGUUAGCUUGCUAGCUCACGUUCUUCGGUGCUUGAAGUUGACAUUAGCUCACGGCUUAGCAGCGUGGUAGCUAGGAGUUAGUGCGUAUAUGUCACUAUCUAGUUUCACGUCUUUCCAAUAACUCUGUAGAUGAAGUUACAGCAUUAACCGUGUACACAGUGCAACUAGUUACAAAUCUGUGGUGUUACAGUGACUAUGUAGUAACAUUUAAAGCAACCAUAGCCACACUUCUUUAGCCUCUAGCUGCCCACCCUUUUCUGUAUUUAUCUUCAUACCGACAGCAGAUUAAGUGAGGGGAAAACUCAAAAUGAUGUUAGCAUUAGACAGAUGAACGUAAUGAAGCCAGAACAUCAGUAUCUUGCAAUGGCUGAGGAUAUAAAGCUGAAUCCAGUGGGUGGACACGCUGGCUCGUCAGGACGCCCGAGCCGACAAACCUACAGAAGUUCAUCCCACUUCCGCAGCCUGCUGGACGGCCUGCUGGCUCUCAGGCAGGAUGGCGUCUUGUUUGAUGUGGUGCUGCUGGUGGAGGGUCGACCCAUCCAAGCCCACCGUAUACUUCUGGCAGCCUCUUGCGAUUAUUUUAGGGGAAUGUUUGCUGGAGGCCUGCGGGAGACUCAGCAAAAGGAAAUUCCAAUUCAUGGAGUAUCCUAUAUGGCCAUGAAAAAAAUACUCGACUAUAUCUACACGUCAGAGAUUGAAUUAGACUUGGAGUGCGUUCAGGAAGUCCUGAUAGCUGCCACACUGGUGCAGAUAGAGAAUGUCAUUGGCUUCUGCUGUGAUUACCUCUUUUCUUGGCUGGAUGAGGGCAACAUUUUGGAGGUACUUCAUUUAGCUGAUGUCUAUGGACUGCAGCAACUUAAUGCCAGGGUCCACUCCUAUAUCCUCAGGAACAUUCAGACAUUGUAUCGAACUGACGCGUAUCGCCAGCUACCCCAACAUGAAGUCUUUCGAGCGCUGAGCAGUGAUGAGCUUCACGUAAACACUGAGAAUGAGGUGUACGAUGCAGCACUUCAUUACCACUACAGUGCUGAGCAGUUGGAAACUGACCAGGUGUACUUGCAGGUCAGUGCCAAGGACAAUCUCAAGAUGCUUGAUGCUGUGCGUUUCUGCCUGAUUGACAAAAAAGUGUUGCAGAGGCUGCAUAGCAGACUGAACCAGUGUCCACUGAAGGAUUCUGUUUCGGCUGCCCUGCGCUACCACGAGCAGGAGGUGUGGCAGCCCGUCCUGCAGAAUCCUCUCACCCAGCCACGCUCCACCUUUCACUGUAUCUUGGGCUUUGGGGGAAUGUUCAGCUCCAGCUCCCUCACAAACAGCGAACACUUGGUUCAGGUGUUCCACCCGAGCUGGGGGGAGUGGAGGACUCUCACUGCAACUCACACCACCCGAAUGUCCAACCAAGGCAUCGCUGUGCUCAACAACUUUGUCUAUCUUAUUGGGGGAGACAAGAACACCAGUGGAUUUCGAGCAGAAACCCGUUGUUGGAGAUAUGAUCCUCGUCACAACAGCUGGUGCGCCAUCCAGCCUCUGCAGCAGCAGCAUGCUGACCAUUGUGUAUGUGUGGUGGGCGGACAUAUUUAUGCCAUCGGAGGGCGAGACUACAGCAGUGAACUGGACUCAGUGGAGCGCUAUGACCCACACACCAAUAUGUGGGAAUUUGUGUCACCCCUAAAGAGAGAAGUUUACGCCCACGCUGGAGCAGUGCUGGAUGGGAAAAUUUAUAUAACAUGUGGGCGCCGAGGAAUGACGUACCUCAGAGAAACCUACUGUUUUGACCCCACAGCCAAUCACUGGACAGCAUGUGCAGAAGGACCAGUGGAGCGGGCGUGGCACGGCAUGGCUGCUGUCAACGGAUGCAUCUAUGUUAUUGGAGGAAGCAAUGAUGAGCGUGGAUAUCGACGUGAUGUCCUGAAGGUGGCAUGCUUUGACCCCACUGCCAACUCUUGGUCUUUAAUGACCCCCAUCCCUGCUGGCCAUGGAGAACCGGGCGUAGCUGUGCUGAACAGUCACAUCUACAUCCUGGGAGGGCGCUCUCAUGAUAAAGGCAACAGGAUGAAAUAUGUUCACAUGUACAACGCGGAUACAGAUGAGUGGGAGAACGAGACAGAGUUUAAGGAGCGAGUCUCUGGCCUGGCCGCCUGUGUGGUGCUCAUGCCCCCUGCUGUGCUCGCCCAGGCCAGGAGCUGGGAACAGCGCACCAAGGCCUCAUGGGAAGAUGUGGAAAUGGACAACUCAGAGGAUUCUAGUGAGGACUGAAGCACCUGUGUUGAACUGAAUUUGUGGGCACUAGAGACUGAGACUGUGAUGUACCUUUUAUUCAGCUUUUCUGUGGCAGUGGUUACAGCAGCAUCAUGUCCUGUUUGCAUGUUGACCACUUUGAGUGCCUCCAAAUAAACUGUGUGACACUGUUAAAGAGUCUGACCAUAAAUCUCUGCCAGCUCAAGUGUUAAUGCUUUCAUUUGUUGCUGAUCCUUAACCUAGGGGGAACCUUUCUAUCUUUAUGUGAAUUAAAGCAGUGGUAACUACAGGCCAUGCAACAACAUGGUAAUAUGGAGUACUGUUUUCUCUGUAGAUGUAUUCUUCUAGUAUUGAGUUUCUCCAGAGAAAGGCUGUCCUCUCACCUCUCUGAUAAUUAAUGGCCAUUUAUAACUGAGUUUUAAUGCCCACCCUAGCAUUAGAAUUAUAGCCAGUAACUACUAUACAGUGGGAUUAUCAUCACAGCCAAACUACUGAAUUAUCAUUACUUUUAACAUUGUGCCUUGUAUUUUUGUGGCUACAUCCUGAACCUGUGUCAUAAAGUGUUUAUUUUUUACUGUAUGUUAACAUGGAGCUGGGGGCCUUGGUUGUUGUGCCUCUGAUAUCACAGUUUGUUUUAAAAGACAUUGUUGAAUUGAUUUGUGUUUGUACCUAAUUGAUGAGAUGACGGUGCUACAGGUUGUAGGCCGUAACUCGCAGUAUGUUGCCACGUCUGAGCAUCAAAUCUUGAUAGGUGUGUAAUAGAAACCAAACCAUUAUGGCUUUUUGUAUCCUUUCAUUAAUCUCUCAUACUGAAUCCCAAAGAGUACGAUGAAGAGUUCUGAGAUGUCUUUAUUUCUGGAAUCAAACUCUUUGUUUCCUCAGUAUGAUAUCAGCAGGUUUUAUGUUAAAUGCCCCCGUCACUAUGCAUCCUUUAUUCCUGUUAAUGAAAAGCUCAAGGAAAAAGUGUAUUUUAAAACAAACUUUUCUUGAUCAUAUGAGAAUGAGUGUAGGUCUUAAGAAAGAUGCUGCAUGGGUGUCCUAUUGCUAAGUUUUGAAAUGUCAUAAAAUUAGUAAUAUAUUAUUUUUGUCAUGCAUGCAUGUUAGCUGGCCACCAGUGAGGUCAUGUGCUCUGACAUAUUGGGGAGAAAUGGUGAGGUUUAGCUGACCGGAGGGAGGGUGGGUUCUUUGAAGGCUGGUCUUAGUGUUUUAAAUUUUAGGUGAAUAAAAUAAAGAGUUUAAUAUUUGUCAUCAGAGUUUUACAACACUGUUUUCCUGAAACCUUUCUCAGAAGGAACUGUGUUAUCUAGUACUAAUACUAUGGAAAACAGGCCUCUCAGAGUUUGCUUUGUUGUGCUAUAAGCAGUUGUUAAUAUCCAAAGGAAUUCCCUCAGAUGAACUGUAUUUAAAUAAAACAUGCAGAAAAUAUAACUGAACA